UGUUUUCAUUAGAAAAAUUCUAGAAAUUGAAUUUUCACUCGUGAAAUUUUUCAUUUGAUUAUUUUUUUUGAUCCACGAUGAAUUUGGCAAAUAUUCCACAUCCAGGAGCAUUGGUCAGCAAGAAAAAGAAAGCUUUUAUCGGUGUACCAGCUCCACUUGGAUAUGUUGCAGGCGCCGGCAGAGGUGCUACUGGUUUUACAACUCGAAGCGAUAUUGGUCCUGCCAGAGAUGCAACCGAUGUUCCUGAUGAUCGUCAUGCAUUAUCUAAAUCAAAAUUAGCCAGCAAAAAGCCUGGUAAAGAUAAUGAACAAGACAUUGAAGAUGAUGAAGAAGAUUUAAAUGAUGCCAAUUAUGAUGAAUUCAAUGGCUAUGGUGGUAGUCUUUUCAGUAAAGAUCCAUAUGAUAAAGAUGAUGAAGAAGCUGAUCGUAUAUAUGAUUCGAUAGAUAAACGUAUGGAUGAAAAACGUAAAGAAUAUCGAGAAAAAAAACUUAGACGAGAAUUGGAACAAUAUCGUCAAGAACGACCGAAAAUUCAACAACAAUUUUCCGAUCUAAAACGUGAUUUGGCUCGUAUUUCGGCUGAUGAAUGGAAUUCAAUACCAGAUGUUGGUGAUGCUCGUAAUAAAAAGAUGCGUAAUCCAAGAGCUGAAAAAUUCACACCUGUUCCAGAUUCGAUUCUUGCCCAUAAUGUUAGUUUGUCAAAUGAAACGGUCACUUCGAUUGAUCCUUUAAGCGGUCUAAAGACGGUCAUCUCUGGUACAUCGACCGGUUUGUUAAGUUCAGCACCAAGUCAUUUAGAUUUGAAAAAAAUUGGUCAAGCUCGUAAUACAUUGAUGGAUAUUAAAUUGAAUCAAGCUUCGGAUUCCGUAUCAGGUCAAACCGUUGUCGAUCCUAAAGGCUAUUUGACUGAUCUUCAAUCAAUGAUACCAUCAGUUGGUGCCGAUAUAAGUGACAUAAAGAAAGCACGAUUAUUGUUAAAAUCUGUCCGCGAAACGAAUCCAAAUCAUGCUCCAGCAUGGAUUGCAUCGGCAAGAUUAGAGGAAAUAACGGGAAAAUUACAAACAGCACGAAAUCUCAUCAUGAAAGGCUGUGAACAAUGUGAAAAUUCCGAAGAUAUAUGGAUAGAAGCAGCUCGUCUUCAACCACCUGAUCUCGCUAAAUCAGUCAUAGCACAAGGUGUACGAAAACUUGGAAAUUCAUCCGUUCGUCUCUGGAUAAAAGCAGCCGAAUUAGAAAAAGAAGUAAAAGCAAAAAAGAAAAUCUUUCGUAAAGCAUUGGAACAUAUCCCGAAUUCGGUACGAUUAUGGAAAGAAGCUGUCGAAUUGGAAGAACCAGAAGAUGCACGUAUCCUUCUAACUAGAGCUGUAGAAUGUUGUCCAACAAGCGUUGAUCUGUGGUUAGCAUUAGCUCGAUUGGAAGUGUAUGAAAAUGCUCGAAAAGUAUUGAAUAAAGCACGUGAAAAUAUACCAACUGAUAAACAAAUAUGGUUUACGGCAGCCAAACUUGAAGAAGCACAAGGUAAUUUAUCUAUGGUACAGAAAAUUAUUGAUCGUGCACUGAAUUCAUUACAAGCCAAUGGUGUUGAAAUUAAUCGUGAACAUUGGGUACAGGACGCUAUUGAAACGGAAAAAUCUGGCUCAAAAGCAACUGCACAAGCUAUUGUCAAAUCAGUAAUCGAUUUUGGAAUCGAUGAAGAAGAUCGUGAACAUGGUUGGCUAGAGGAUGCUGAAAAUCUGGCCAAUUCUGAAGCCUUUGAAUGCGCAAGAGCUGUUUAUGCAAAUGCAUUGAAAGUAUUUCCUAAAAAUGAAAAUAUCUGGCUACAAGCUGCAUUUUUCGAAAAAAAUCACGGAACUAAAGAAAGUCUUGAAUCAUUAUUAGAAUUAGCCGUUGUUAAUUGUCCACAAGCUGAAGUACUUUGGUUAAUGGCCGCUAAAAGUAAAUGGCUUGGUGGUGAUGUACAAGCUUCACGUCAAAUAUUAUCCCGGGCAUUCGAUGUGAAUCAAAACAAAGAGGAAAUAUGGUUGGCAGCCGUCAAAUUGGAAUCGGAAAAUGCUGAAUAUGAUCGUGCCCGAAAGAUUCUGGAGAAAGCUCGUGAAAAGAAUAGUACACCACGUGUGUAUAUGAAAUCGGCUAAAUUGGAAUGGCAAUUAGGAAAUUUAUCUCGUGCUAUUGAAUUACUUGAGAUGGCAAUCAAUCACUGGGAUGAUUAUCCUAAAAUAUGGAUGAUGCUUGGACAAAUACAUCAACAAACGGGUCGUAUUAAUGAAGCUCGUGAAAUCUAUCAACGUGGACUUAAAUCAAAUAAUUCAAACGUUGCAUUAUGGAUAUUGUUGGCUCGACUUGAAGAAUCUGAAGGAGCUCUAAUUAAAGCACGUUCUGUACUGGAAAAAGGUCGUUUAAAAAAUCCGAAAAAUGAUCUUUUAUGGCUGGAAGCUGUUCGUGUGGAAAUUCGAGCCGGUAAUAAAGAGAUUGCUUUGCCGAUGCUGUCGAAAGCCUUACAGGAAUGUCCACAAAGUGGUAUGUUAUGGGCUGAAGCUAUAUUCAUGGAAAAUCGUCAGCAACGAAAAAGUCGAAGCGUUGAUGCAUUGAAACGUUGUGAACAUGACGUUCAUGUGCUGUUAGCCUGUUCAUUAUUAUUUUGGUGUGAACGUAAGAUGACCAAAGCUCGUGAAUGGUUUAAACGUACGUUAAAAUUGGAUCCCGAUCUUGGUGAUGCAUGGGCCUAUGCAUAUAAAUUUGAAAUAUUACACGGUUCACAGGAACAACAAAUGGAAUUGAAAAAACGAUGCAUCCAAGCCGAACCUCGACAUGGUGAACACUGGUGUCAGGUGUCUAAAGAUAUCAAAAAUUGGAGGCUUAAAAUUGGCGAUAUUCUUGAAAUCGUUGCCAAUGAAUUACCCAUUCCUACUUGAUUUUUUUUUCUUUGAUUUAUUUUCUAAAUUCGUUCAAUAAAAUAUUCGGUUUUCCUUUUUA